AUGGCCGACGUCAGCCCUAUCGCCGAGCUACUUGGACAAGCCCUCUACCACUUCGACCGUCUGAGACCACUUCUUCCAACUUACGGACACCUACUUGUUUCCGCUCUUUUUUCCAAUUUGGAUCGACCUUCCUCCGCCGCUAAACCUCCGAAGAGAAAAGCCAACAAGGAUAAAGAUGAAUAUGACACAGAUGAUGAAGAGGGACAUGGCCCUUUGCAGAAGAUGGAAGGGCUUGAGCCAUCAGAUGCCCUGAUAUUUCCGUUGACUGCAGGACUCACCCUCGGCGGUUUAUACUUGGUGAUCAAAUGGCUGGAAGAUCCAGCCAUUUUGAAUAAAGUCCUUAGUUUUUACUUCUCUCAAAUGGGACUCUUCUUUGCAUUUGCAUUCCUGAAGGAUGUGCUAUUGAUGACUCGUUCAUUUGUUUUCCCUAGAUACUAUCGUCAAGGUGGACAAUUGUGGAAAGCAAAACAAUCUGAACGCCUUUUCAUGGCGUCUGAGGACUAUCCAGCCAAGUUCCGGCACUCACCUCUUCCUGGGAUUUUCAGCCGAGUGCCCCUCCCGUGUAUGGUACGAGGACUGCUUUGGAAAUGCCGAAAUGUCUGUUAUCAGCGUCUCAAGGUGCGAGCUCAUAUACGUGGUUUAUUUGACUUCAAAUGCCUCGUUGGUCUCCUUGAUAUCAUCAGCGGGAUCUCUGCAUUAUCUGCUGUAGGAUACUUCGCAUUCGUGGAAAACCCGUGGUGGUUGACCAACUUCCUCGGGUUCUGCUUCUGCUAUGGCACCCUGCAGUUCAUGUCUCCCUCCACGUUCUGGACUGGGACGCUCAUUUUGGGAUCCUUAUUUUUCUAUGAUAUAUACUUCGUCUUCUUCACUCCAUUGAUGGUCACUGUUGCAACUAAGUUGGAUGUACCAAUCAAGCUCCUCUUUCCUCGCCCGCCUAACUCUCGCGAUGCCCCUGGCUCCGUGCCAUUGGCCAUGCUUGGACUGGGUGACAUUGUCAUUCCGGGAAUGAUGAUUGGGCUGGCACUUCGCUUCGAUCUAUUCCUAUAUUACAAGCGGAAAGGUGCUCAUAUGGCACGUCCUGAAGGGUCAGACCGGGCAACUGUCAAGCCUGAGUAUCAGUCGGCAACCGGCGCUUGGGGAGAGCGGUUCUGGGCACCAUCAGUCAAGCCACUCCAGCCGGAACUUCAGCCCCCCCCUAUCACGACGCCCGGCGUUUCCCAAAGUAUAUUCGGUUAUGUUGUAGGGAUGGUCACCACCCUCCUUGCCAUGCAAUACUCGAAUCAUGCCCAACCAGCCCUUCUCUACCUGGUACCGGGUGUUCUGACAUCGCUUUGGGGCACUGCGCUUAUUCGAGGUGAGGUUCAUACAAUGUGGGACUUCUCCGAUGCCGAGGAGGUGGAAAUUGAAGAGGAAAAGAAGCCAGAUGAACCUGAGGACAAGCCUUCUCCCGAAGAUCAGAAGAGCCUUUUCAUGCGCAUCUUCUCCGGUGCUUACCUGCGUGCAUCAAAAGAAGAGAACAAAACACAGACCGAAAAACCCAAAGAAGAGGAAAUCGAUGGCUCAAAAUCACAAACUAAACCGUCUGAAGAAGGCGGGCGUGGUACCAAGACGAAGAAGCCCAAAAAGGAACGUGCCAGUUCGGACCUGAUCUCCUUCUCCGUAUCAAUUCCUCGCAAGUCCAAACGUGAAACCCAGGCUAAUCUGCCGACAACUUCCACAGAGGAAGAGGAUGGAGAUGUGUCUGUUUCCAGGGAUAUCAACCGGGACAACGAACCACCGUUGAAGAGAAGGCGACGCAGCAUGAUGAGCAAGAAAUCAGGCAAUUAG